AUGGGUGAAGUCUUGAAGAGUUCUACAUUUUCAGCUGGAGCCAAUGACAAACUUAAGUGGUGUUUACGGGUGAACCCGAAGGGAUUGGAUGAAGAAAGCAAAGACUAUUUAUCUCUCUAUCUUCUGCUGGUGUCCUGCAACAAAAGUGAAGUCAGAGCCAAGUUCAAAUUUUCUAUACUCAAUGCAAAACGUGAAGAGACCAAAGCAAUGGAAAGCCAGAGAGCCUACAGAUUUGUACAGGGCAAGGACUGGGGCUUUAAGAAAUUCAUACGAAGGGAUUUCCUCAUGGACGAAGCUAACGGCCUUCUUCCUGAUGACAAGCUGACAAUAUUUUGUGAAGUGAGUGUUGUGGGUGAUACCGUCAACGUCUCUGGCCAGUCCAACUGUACGCCGGUCAAGGUUCCAGAAUGUAGACUGAGUGAGGACCUCGGCCAGUUGUUUGACCGUUCCUCUUUUAGCGAUGUCACUUUGUGUGUUGGUGGUCGGGAGUUUUUAGCACACAAAGCCAUUUUAGCAGCAAGGUCCCCUGUAUUUAAUGCUAUGUUCGAGCACCAAAUGACAGAAAGCAAACAGAAUCGAGUAGACAUACAAGACGUAGACCAUGAAGUGAUGAGGGAGAUGCUGAGAUUUACCUACACAGGCAAAGCACCAAACCUUGACAAAAUGGCAGAUGACCUCUUAGCUGCUGCUGAUAAGUACGCUCUUGAAAGGUUAAAAGUGAUGUGUGAAGAAGCAUUAUGUUCGAACCUCACAAUAGAAAAUGUCUGUGACAUUCUUGUUCUGGCAGACCUGCACAGUGCGGAACAGUUGAAGACACACGCUAUUGAUUUUAUAAACAGCCAUGCAACCGACGUCAUGGAAACCACAGGCUGGCGGUCGAUGAUCCAAGCUCAGCCUCACCUAAUUGCAGAAGCAUUCCGGGCCCUAGCAAGUCAGCAAAGUCCGCCACUUGGUCCACCUCGGAAGCGAAUCAAACAGGCUUAA